AUGGCGGCCGGGCCGAUCUCCGAGCGGAACCAGGAUGCCACUGUCUACGUGGGAGGCCUGGACGAGAAGGUUAGCGAACCACUGCUGUGGGAGCUAUUUCUCCAGGCAGGGCCAGUAGUCAACACCCACAUGCCAAAGGAUAGAGUCACAGGUCAGCACCAAGGCUAUGGCUUUGUGGAAUUCUUGAGUGAGGAAGAUGCUGACUAUGCCAUUAAGAUCAUGAACAUGAUCAAACUCUAUGGGAAACCAAUACGGGUGAACAAAGCUUCAGCUCACAACAAGAACCUGGAUGUGGGGGCCAACAUUUUCAUUGGCAACCUGGACCCAGAGAUUGAUGAGAAGCUGCUUUAUGAUACUUUCAGCGCCUUUGGGGUCAUCUUACAAACCCCCAAAAUUAUGCGGGACCCUGACACAGGCAACUCCAAAGGUUAUGCCUUUAUUAAUUUUGCUUCAUUUGAUGCUUCGGAUGCAGCUAUCGAGGCCAUGAAUGGGCAGUAUCUCUGUAACCGCCCUAUCACUGUGUCCUAUGCCUUCAAGAAGGACUCCAAGGGCGAGCGCCAUGGCUCUGCAGCUGAAAGACUUCUGGCAGCCCAGAACCCCCUCUCCCAGGCCGACCGCCCUCAUCAGCUGUUUGCAGACGCACCUCCUCCUCCUUCUGCCCCCAAUCCUGUGGUGUCAUCACUGGGGUCUGGGCUUCCUCCACCAGGCAUGCCUCCUCCUGGGUCCUUCCCACCCCCAGUGCCGCCUCCUGGAGCCCUUCCACCUGGGAUACCCCCAGCCAUGCCCCCACCGCCUAUGCCUCCUGGGGCUGGAGGACAUGGCCCACCAUCAGCGGGAACCCCAGGGGCUGGACAUCCUGGACAUGGACACUCACAUCCUCACCCAUUCCCACCAGGUGGGAUGCCCCAUCCAGGGAUGUCUCAGAUGCAGCUGGCUCACCAUGGCCCUCAUGGCUUAGGACACCCCCAUGCCGGGCCCCCAGGCUCUGGGGGGCAGCCGCCACCCCGACCACCCCCUGGAAUGCCUCAUCCAGGACCUCCUCCAAUGGGCAUGCCCCCUCGAGGGCCUCCGUUUGGAUCUCCCAUGGGUCACCCAGGUCCUAUGCCUCCACAUGGGAUGCGUGGGCCUCCUCCACUGAUGCCUCCUCACGGGUACACUGGGCCUCCACGACCCCCACCCUACGGCUACCAGCGGGGCCCCCUGCCUCCACCCAGACCCACCCCCCGGCCUCCAGUUCCCCCUCGUGGCCCACUUCGAGGCCCUCUUCCUCAGUAA